AUGGCUGACGUUAAGACCACCGAGGGCGAGCAAGAUCAGCAGAAGCCGGAAGCUCCUUUAAAUGACGAAAAUCACAUCGGCGGCAAAAAAAUCAUUGCUCGUCAGAUCAAAGGGACUGUUAAAUGGUUCAACGUGAAAAAUGGCUUCGGGUUCAUAAACCGUGAAGAUACUGGUGAUGACAUUUUCGUUCACCAGACUGCCGUCACAAAGAACAAUCCCAACAAAUAUCUGCGGUCAUUAGGUGAUGGGGAAAAGGUUGAAUUUGAUGUCGUUGUGGGGGAGAAAGGCCCAGAAGCGGCUAAUGUUACUGGACCUGAUGGAGCCGUUGUUGAAGGGUCGAAGUAUGCCGCUAAUAUAUCUGAUGGUCGUGGCGCUAGAGGAUAUCGCAGGCGUUAUUAUUAUGGAAAUCGUUCAGGUCGUCGCGGCCCCCGAGCUACUUCCGAAGGAGAAGCGCAGGCAGGCGAAGGUGAAGGUGAAGACGUGAGAUACCGCGGUCGUCGUGGUUAUGGCUAUCGUGGCCGUGGUCGUGGUCGUGGGGGGCAGCGUCGUAGUGCGUCCGAAGGUGAACAGCAAGAAGGUGGUGAAGGUGAAAAUAAUUUUGGAGGACGUGGGAGAGGUCGGGGACGUGGUCGUGGAGGUCGUGGCCGUCGCGGAGCACGUGCUGAGAAGACCCAGAGUGAGAACGCUGAUAACGGAGAGGCGAAAACUCCAGAAAGUGGGGAGCCGAAAACCCCCUCUAAAACUGAGAAGAAUGAUAAGAGCACUCCACAGAAGGAGAAAUCUCCAAAUGAAACAUCUGCUUGA